AUCUCUAACGUAACUUACAAGUGGUCAUGAUUACCAGAUAUCGAUGUUGCGAUAUAUUUUCUUUAAUAUUCUACCUCCUCCUUCGGGGUCCCGAUCACGUAUACGUAAAUGGGCAUGGCCGCCUCAUGGAUCCGCCAGCAAGGAACAGCAUGUGGCGCUUUGGAUAUCCGAAUCCUGUAAAUUAUAACGACAAUGAACUGUUUUGCGGCGGAUAUGCGGUUCAAUGGGUGCAAAAUAAGGGCCAGUGUGGCGUUUGCGGUGACGCAUAUCACUUGAAAGAGCCGAGACCGCACGAAGCGGGUGGCGAAUAUGCAAAAGGCACAAUCGUUAGACAUUACACGGUUGGACAGGAUAUCGACGUCGAGAUUGAGCUUACGGCGAAUCAUUUAGGCAGAUUCGAAAUGUACCUUUGUCCGAAUAACAAUCCAAGAAACGUGGCGACUCAAGAAUGCUUCGAUAGGUAUCCAUUGUACAUAUCCGGAACACGGGAUGUUCGAUUCGAGAUACCCGAAGAUAGCGAAAGAAAAGCUAUAUUUCGAUACAAGGUAACUUUACCCGCCUACGUCACCUGUACACAAUGUGUCGUUCAAUGGAAUUAUUACACUGGUAAUAUGUGGGGUACUUGCGAAAAUGGAACCGAAGCGAAUGGAUGUGGAAGACCAGAGACGUUUAGAAAUUGCGCCGACGUGAGCAUCAUUACCAGUACAGCUGGGGUACCACCCCUCUUCGUACAACAAGACAAUCCCUUUUUGCUCUAUUACAAAGAUUAUCGUUCUCCCAAUAAUAUAUUUCCACUCGUCGUCAGAUCUCAAGUGUGUGUACCCACCCCUCUUUAUCGGCGUAUUCCAGGAAUGAACGAUUGGUGUCAAACCAAUUGUCUUCGCUAUCCACCAAAUUGUCCGCCAACUAUAUGCCAAUGCCCGGAAGUGUGCGAUGCGAUCGGAGAUAUCGGUGGAAAAGACGGUGCGAGUGUUUAUUGCAUGGACAAGUGCCUCGUUUAUCCACCCAAUUGUCCAUCUCAACGUUGUCGUUGUUAUUGAAGAAAUUUCAAUAAUUAUGUACGCGUCAUAUCGAUUGCGAGCAAUUUAUCCUGCAUUCAACAACAAAAUUUCUCUUUUUCGAUAAGCGUAAGCGAGAAUAAAAA